CUCAAUGUGUAAGCCUAAAUAUAGUCAUGUGUGAUCUUGUUUGAUUUGUCUUAACAUAUAGAUUAUUAAUAUAUAAUUUCUAUAAUUUUUUAAUAUACAAAUUACAAGAUAAAAUGGAUUAAAGAAGUGCAUUGGAUGGUGUGCCAAAAGGUGUUCCACCUAAAGUCCUACCGGUCACUUAGCGUGUUUUUACCUUUCUUACUUUGCCAAAUCAAGCGAACUAUUCUAGACCCGGUCUAGUAUAGUUUGACCGCUCAAGUAAUUUACACCAUCAUUUUUGGCGCCACCCGUGGGACCGUUAAGGUUUCUUCUCCUAAACACAAACCUACCCACCAAAACACCACUCGAAAUGUCUUCCAGCCAACAAAUCAACGCUACUUCCGCUCAGGUGCAGGCCACCAACGAGGGAGCCAGCAUCCCUGUGGCUGCUACCAUACCGGUCAUUUCAGCCCCAGUGUUGCCUCUGGGUCUGAGCUCUGUCCCGACGGCCAGCGUGAUCAGUCCCUUCGUGACCCCCGUCCCUUCCGCUGGACUGAGGAUAACGUUCCCACCAAGCAUGACUCAGUUCAUGAAUGACCCAGCCAACCUACAAGCCAUCCAGGGCUUUGGCCAGGUCAUGGCCAUGUGCCAACAGAACGGGGGGAUGCCUUUCCUCCCUGACUUACCAGUCAACAAGCCCACUGAGCAAUGGUGGGAGAUGGCAGUUGAUGGGGCAUCCGGUCCUAGAGGAUACGGGGGUGGUAUCGUGUUCACCACACCAGAAGGAUUCAAGAUCUAUCAUGCAAUCGUCUUCAACUUCAAACUAACGAACAAUGAGGCAGAAUAUGAAGCUCUGGCUGGAGGGCUCAGACUUGCCCAAACCCUGAAAAUCAGCCGGGUCAGUAUCAAAUCUGACUCUAGCCUAAUAGUUGGGCAGGUGACCGGUAACAUGGAGGCAAGGGAGGGACGCAUGGCACAAUACAAGGACCUUGUACUUGCCCUGUUGAGGGGCUUCGAAGAAUUCAAGAUCGCCCAGAUUCCCCGGGCGGAGAACGCGGAUGCAGACCUUCUCUCCAAAUUGACGCAGUAUGCUCCCGAGCAUGUUUCGAAACUUGCCCGGGUAGAGAUCCUUGACCGUGCAAGCAUCGAGAAAUUGGAAGUCGCCGCUAUAACUGCCGGAAGCCAGUUUGACCGGUCAAACUUGGUCGGGGCGGACGACCAUUGGAUGUAUGAUCUGAUGGAAUAUUUGACGGAUGGGAGCUUGCCAGAACAAGAUGACCGGGCAAGAAAAGUGAAGCUCAGGGCACCCCGAUUCCAAAUUCUUGAUGGAAAGCUGUAUAAAAGGGCAUUUGGGGGGCCACUCCUGAGAUGUCUAACCAACCAGGAGGCUGAGCGAGUCAUAGCGGAAGUCCACGAAGGCGUAUGCGCGGCGCAUCAAAUGUCCCGUAUGCUUUCCCAGCGCAUUAUCUUGUUGGGGUAUUACUGGCCGACAAUCGUCCAGGACUGUGAGAGGUAUGUACAGAAAUGUAGGACAUGUAAAGUGUUCUACAAGUACCCCGGUAGACCAGCAACCUACUAUCACCCCGUAUCAAAUGUCAUCCCAUUCGCUAGAUUCGGGGUUGAUAUCAUUGGAGCCUUCCCAGUCGCCCAAGGAGGGAAGAAGUUCGUGAUCGUAGCCAUCGAUUACUUCACCAAAUGGAUCGAGGCCGAAGCAUUGGCCAACAUCACCACGCAACAAUGCAAGAAAUUCGUUUGGAAGAACAUCAUCACGAGGUUUGGAGCGCCCAUGAACCUCAUCACCGACAACGGCCCACAAUUCCGAAAUCCGAGAUUCACUGAAUACUUGGAAGGCUUCGGGAUCAAGCACAAUCAUUCCUCGGUAGCGUACCCCCAAGGGAAUGGCCAAGUCGAGAACGCCAACCGAACGAUUGUGGAUGGUCUAAAGAAACGGCUGGGAGAAGCAGGAAACAAGUGGCUGGAAGAGCUCCCACACAUCGUAUGGGCGUUCUGAGUAACACCUAGGAGGGCUCACGGGGAAACUCCAUUCUCCCUAACCUAUGGGUGUGAAGCAAGGCUGCCCAUCGAAGCUGAAUUCCCGACGUUCCGGGAAUCAAGUUAUCAACCCCAA